GGUGGAUACAGCUGACGAAGUAAAUUGUACAAUGUUUCAAUCGGGUACUUCGUACAGUCUACGUAAGUUUACAUGGCUGUGCCGAGCAACGACCUAUAUAAUAUGGUCAUGUAUGGCCAUGAGUUUUUACAAUAACAAACCUUCAUUCUAAAUAAAUCUCCUUCGACUUGAUUCAUAUAAAAAUGAAGACCUCCUUUUAUGCUGCAUAUUUGUUGCCGAUUCUUGGGUGCAAGGCGACCACGACCCAUGACUUUGGGAGCAUUCAAGCGUCACCAAAUCUUACUUGGACCCCCUGCUUUGAUACACUUAGUUGUGCCAAGCUGCAGGUUCCAUUGGACUACGCAAACCCCGGUCUAGGCACUACGGACAUUGCCUUUGUCAAGCUGACGGGCAAAAAUGCGACAAUCGAUUCACCCAGCAUCGUUCUUAUCCCAGGUGGGCCAGGCGGCUCUGGUAUUGACCUGCUCUUGUCUUCACAGGCGGUUGCCGCCACCGCUCUCGGCGACAACUACAGUAUCGUGUCAUUCGACCCGAGAGGUGUGAACAACAGUGGACCUAAGCUAGAUUGUUUCCAAGGCGCCGCAGAAGCAAGGCAGACCUUUCUUCGACUACACAGCACCGGCGUGACGAACCUCUCGACCAACUCUGUGCAGGACCAGUACUAUUCAGCCCAGAUAUACGGCGAUCGAUGCAACUAUGCAGUUGCCCAUGGCUCCCCGCACGGGUACUAUGUCACAACGCCAGCUGUUGCAAGGGAUUUGCUUUCCUUUGUAGAGGCUGAGGCGGUUCUGGCUGGACGUCCACCAGCCAAGGCAAAACUCUGGUCAUAUGGCGUGAGCUACGGCACUGUCAUCAGCUCUACGUUCGCCUCCAUGUUUCCGGAUCGCGUCGGACGCAUGGUUCUCGAUGGUGUGGUGGAUGCAGACCAAUAUUACCAUAAUGACUGGAGUGAUGGUAUUGACCAAAUGGACGCAGCGGUGAAGAAGUUUGCAAGCCUCUGCCAUUCAGCAGGCAAAGACAAGUGCUCCUUUUGGGGACCGACUCCUGACGAUAUCCUGAAGAGGUUGGAAAAGGCUAUUCUCAACCUACAGAGCCAUCCUAUCGCCAUCAGUGGAAUGCCCGGAGAUACUUUGCCAGCCCUUGUCACGGUGUCCGACCUCAAGGCUUUCAUACUCGCUGCACUCUACACGCCGUUACAGAAAUUCCCGAUCCUCGCUGAUGCCCUUCAUCAGCUUGAACAAGGAAAUGCAACUGCUUUGGUAGGUAGAUUUGCUGGGUUAGCUAUUACGGAUGAUCCUAGCGUCGCCAUUCGAUGCGUGGAUUCCUAUCGACGAAACAGCCUAUCUACUGUUGACGGGUUUAGACGGGCUGUGGAAAAGGCCAUCUCGAGAAGCAAAUACCUUGGCGAUUUAUGGAUUCCUGAUGUGGAAUCGGUAUUGUGCUGGUCUCUAAAGCCCGAGCUACCGGACAGCUUGGUUGUCAAAGAUACAAUCGGUGGCAGACAGAGAAAGACGGCGUUCCCGAUAUUAUUUACAAGCAAUACGAUCGAUCCCGUCACCCCGUUGAAGUCGGCGCGCGCGAUGCACUCUCGUUUUCCUGGGUCAUCCCUGCUUCAGCAAGAGGCCAUCGGUCACGUGGUCCUAAGUCAGGGUGGUUCUGUUUGCUAUAUGCAGCAUAUUCAGGCAUAUUUUGCAGGUGUUGUGCCCCCAGCCAACACCACAUGCCCUCAGCAGUUUGUUCCGUUUGUGAACCACUCCCCAGUGUAGUCUUUCGGUUCUGUUUAUUAUGUUGCUAGAAUGUUCAUUGCUAUAAGUAACAUGUAGACUUAUCAUUUGCUAUCGUCAGUAGAGCUAUCAUCUAUCAUCAAUUAUAGAAUCCGUAUUCUAUCGCAGCAGGAAUCCCGGGUGCAAUUCAUCUGCAUCAUCAAUGUAAAACUUCAUUUCUCCAACUAGGCUAGCUCGGCCUCUAACAAUGGGGAUCACAGCUGGGAAUUCUCCCGGUCCCUGGACCAGCUCCUGGACGGUUGCCUCAAAUGAUGACCCAAUGAUGGACUGGUUGACGAGCUUGCCCUGCGUAUCGAGCCUCUUUUGCGCUAACAAGACUGCCAGACGCGCACAGCUUCCCGAGCCGCAAGGAGAUCUAUCAAUCUGGCCAUCGGCAAACACCGUGACAUUUCGUUGGGUCACUAUGCCUUGCUCGCUAGCAAUAUCGUCGAAGAAUAUAACGCCGUAGCAAUCAUACUUGCCGUAGUGGGCUCGCUCACCAAGCGCUACCUUGAUUUCCCGCGCAUACUGGAUGAAGCGGGCGACAUUGCAAGGCUUGACUUCCAAGCCUACCUGUGCAGCGUCCAACGUGGCAUACACUGCACCGCCAAAGGUUAAAUCCACGCUUAGUUCCGUACCAAACGACGGUAUAGUCGUGGGCAAACCCUUGGAAAGCUGGUAACUAGUGACGUUGAUAAAGUCUGCAUGGACGGCUUUGCCCUUCUCAACGCCCAUGCGAGCAACAACCCUGCCAGACGGACAAUCGACAACCACAUCGACCUGCCCAUUUUCAGGGGCCUUGAGCUUUCCUGUGUGCAGCGCCCAGUAUCCAAGAGCUAUGGUUCCAUGACCACACGCCGUGGAGAAGCCAUCCUUGUGCCAGAAGAGAACUCCAAACAAUGCACCAUCGUCGUUUGGCGGGGUGAUGAAACCGCCGUACAUGUCGGCAUGGCCACGGGGUUCAUGGCAUAGAGAGCGACGGAGCUGAUCCAGCGGGUGGUUUGGCGUGGCCAAGAUGUCAAACCGCCGCUGAGCUACAGUGGAGGAUGACGGUAGUGCAUCGUCGGGCAGCGUUGGGACAAUACGGAAUGGUUCUCCGGCUGUAUGCCAGUCAUGCGUCUCGAUCCAAAUUGGCUGCGACAUUUGUUCGGUUUAAUAAAAAUUGCGAUGUUGGUGAAGAAGAUGAAGCAGAUUUCGUUGUUCUCCCAAUGCCGAUGUCGGCUAGUUUGCGGGGUGAGCUUGAGCUUCAGCUGUCAGACUGUAAUUAAGCAUGUCAGCACUUGUGAUUUCUGAUGACUUGUGAACCGCACAGAGUUGUCCACGUAUUUUUGCUCUUUAUUUUUGUUCAUUUUGUGCAACAGCUUUCUUUAUGCCUAGGAAACCAACCGAAGUGUAUCAUGCUAGGCAUACUUGUAUUAUAUAAAAAGAGAGGCAGACCAAGUGUUACUGGACAGCCGACUACAAACCUUCUACUGUAAGCACGACAAAAGCUUGCCUACAACAACCAGGGCUGUUGUCCAACGAACUCGUGCAUGCAUCCAACCACAUAGCCGAACUGCGCUUCGCCUUACCG